CAUCUAUUACGUCUCCUCCCAGCGAGACGUCUUCACCCCCAUGAAGCUCCCCAAAUACACCCUGCCUAAGGACCUCCAUGUGAUCAGUACAGAUGAGAAGCGCGUUGUGGCAGCAGUGCAGGAGUGGAACCAGAAUGACACCUUCAACCUGUACGUGUCUGAGUCUGGAGGAGUCCUCUACACACUGGCCCUGGAGAACGUCAUGAGCAGUAUGGGACCAGAGGGAAACAUCAUGAUCGAACUCUAUGAGGUGGCGGGGAUCAAGGGAAUGUUCCUGGCCAACAGGAAGCACGAGAGCCAGGUGAAGACCUACAUCACCUACAACAAGGGCAGAGACUGGAGGCUGCUGCAGGCACCCCAUACAGACCUGAGGGGGAACAGCAUCCACUGCAUGCUGCCAUACUGCUCCCUCCACUUGCACCUCCAUGUGUCGGCCAAUCCCUACACAUCUGGCAACAUCGCCAGCAAAGAGUCGGCCCCUGGCAUCAUCAUAGCAUCAGGUUCUAUUGGCGGUGGUCUUAGCAGCAGUAAUGUCAGCAUGUACAUCACAUCAGAUGCAGGAAACACUUGGAGACAGAUCUUUGAUGAGGAGUACAGUGUGCUGUAUCUGGACCAGGGAGGAGCUCUGGUGGCCAUCAGACAUACACCACAUCCCAUCAGACAUAUCUCGCUCAGCUUUGAUGAGGGCAGGGUGUGGAACAAGUACAGCUUCACGUCGUCUCCGCUGUUUGUGGACGGGCUGCUGGGGGAACCUGGGGAGGAGACCCUGAUCAUGACGAUAUUUGGUCACGUGAGCCAUCGCUCUGAAUGGCAGCUGGUGAAGAUCGACUUCAGGUCCAUUUUUAACCGCCGAUGCACCGAGGGAGACUACCAGACAUGGCACCUCCAGAACCAGGGGGAGACGUGUCUGAUGGGGGUGAAACGCAUCUACAGGAAGUUGAAGCCAGUGGCCCGGUGCGUUAUGGGUAAAACACACUCGGUCACCGUCAUCUCAGAGCCCUGUCAAUGCACAGAGUCCGACUUUGAGUGUGAUUACGGCUACGAGAGGCGUAGUGAUGGGAAGUGCUCGGCUGCCUUCUGGUUUCUGCCGUCCUCCAUGUCCAGGAGUUGCACAACCAGCAGCAGCUUCCUCAACAGCACCGGCUACAGGAGGGUCGUGUCCAAUAACUGCACAGGUGGAGUGCUGGACCUCUACACAGCUCGCAGGCAGCCGUGUCCACGCCAGGCCCCCAGGGGGCUCCACCUGGUCACCAGCGACGGCACGCUCACCGCCACCGUCAACGGCAACGUCACCUUCAUGGUGUUCCUGGAAGAGGGUUCUAGUUCCCGCACCUCUGUCAUUUUGGACUUUGGUAACGGCAACACCAUCACCUACUCCAACAUCAGCACGGUGGAGGACGGCAUCCGCCACGUGUACCGCAGCGUGGGAAUCUACAGAGUGGCAGCCACCGCCAGGAACGACCUGGGAGCAGAGACUGUGGUGCUCUUUCUGCACGUCACAUGUCCCCUGGAGCACAUCCACCUGUCGGCUCCCUUCGUGGCCGUGAAGAACAAAGAGGUGAACGUGACGGCCGUGCUGUGGCCCAGCCAGGUGGGCACCGUCACCUACAUCUGGUGGCUCGGCAACAACAGCGAGCCAGUGAUAACCUUGGAUGGAAGUGUGGCCUUCACGUUCUCCAGAGAAGGAACCAAUCUUGUCACAGUGCAGGUGUCCGCUGGGAACAUUAUCCUGCAGGACAGGAAGACCAUCGCUGUCCAUGAGUACUUCAAGUCCCAUCUUCUGGCCUUCUCCUCCAACCUGGAUGAGCACAACCCUGAUGUGGCCGAGUGGAGGCUGGACAUCAGCCGGGUCAUCAGGAACAACAUGGUUCAAGCCACAGGUAUUGACCGUGAGCAACUGUUGGUGACCGUGUUGCCGGGGUUACCGACCACAGCAGAGUUCUUCCUGCUUCCUGACAAACAAGUCACGGAGGGCAAGCCAGAGAAGACCACACAACACCUGGAGGAGCUCUCGGAGAUGGUGUUAGGAGCCUUGAACCAGAACCUGGUGCAGUUCACCUUGAGGCCAGCGGUCCAGAUCACCGUCUAUGCUGCACACCUGUCAGCAGCGCCCCUAGUGGACACUGGUGAGAGCCACAGUGGGCCGGCCAUGCUGAUGCUGCUGUCGGUGGUGGUGGUGGGCCUGGCCGUGUUUGUCAUCUACAAGUUCAAGAGGAAGAUCCCAGGCCUCAGCGUCUAUGCACAGAUGCAGGACGAAAAAGAACAAGAAAUGAUCCCGAGUCCCGUGGUGGAGCCGGCUGGGGACGCUACUGUUGCCGUAGCGACGGUAGUAGCGGCAGCUGCGGAGACGGUGGCACCCACAACAGUCGUGACAACAGCAGCAGCAACAGCAGCAGCCACACAAUCAGCGGCAGCCAUUUUGCUUGUAAAACAACAACAAUCACCGCAAUCACAACACCAACAGCAACCAUCACAGCAACGUCAACAGCAGCAGCAGCCACACCCGCAGAGGGAGCUGGUGAUGACGCCAUCUUCACUGGUGCACGUAGCCCAUUCCAUUGUCUGAUUCAAUGUCCAUAUUCUCUCACAAACACAAAAGAUGAUAAUGCAUUAGACCUCAUCCUGGAGUCAAGUUCUCCACCGAACUCCCCACGCACUGUACAUGGACGUCUGAUGUCUGGAUUCAUCUCAUCCGCAUCCACGGAUCCUGCUGUGUUGGGAGACUUAAUUCUUGUACACAAAAGGUUUUAAGCUUUAUACAUGUCAUGUGCAUGAUGGACAC